CAAAUUGUGCGAAAACCUAAAACGCGCGUUUGUCUCAAAAAAAUAUUAUGACCUUACAACAUCAACAAUAUUUUGUCCGCUAGAUGUCGCUGGGCAUCCGUCUGCGGCGCGGCGCGGGUGAGGCGUGGGGGUUCCGGCUCGUGGGGGGCAGCGAGUUCCAGCUGCCGCUCACCGUCGUCAAGGUCCAGCUCCCCAGCCCGGCCUCCCGCGCCGGUCUCCGCGACGGCGACUGCCUGGUGUCCAUCAGCGGAGCGCCCGCCGCCGCCAUGACGCACGACGCGGCGCACCACGCCAUCUCGCAGACCGAGGCUGAGCUGCUGGUGGAGGUGAUGAGGAGGUGGGUUGUGGAGACACAACUACAGGGUGACAGGACGCACCACGCCAUCUCGCAGACCGGGGCUGAGCUGCUGGUGGAGGUGAUCAGGAGAAUAUCCCUACAGUAUUGGGCACUAUUGGAGAUCCAAGAGGCUCUUGUUCUGCUGGCGAAUAAUUAUAUGAUCCCGAUUUUGGAAUGGAAUGUUAGAUAUAGGCUGUGGUUUCAUGAUGUGUCAGUAGUUACUUAG